GCAGCAACACCGUCAGCUGUUGAAAUGAUGGCCGAGCUAAGAUUUUCAUAAUAACUAAACAAUUGUAUUUUUUGUAAAAUAUUAGCAUAUGCAACUUACUAAUUAAAGAGUGAAUAUAUAUUAUUAUUGCGAGGAUCAAAGGAAUGCAUUCUCAAUAUAUAACACUACAUGGCGGCAGUAGGGAUAUGCAUAAUCGUUGCUGCGGAGGGCGUGCUUGGUGUGUAAAGGAUAUUUGUGGUAUUGUCUGCGCGGUGUUUACAUGGCUGCUAAUACUGUUCGCGGAAUUCGUCGUAAUGCGUGUGAUACUACUCCCAAGUCCAUAUCCGGUGUAUAGUACAAUAAACAUUAUAAUAUUCCAAUUACUUGCCUUUCUCGCUUUCGCCUCGCAUAUUCGUACAAUGUUGUCAGAUCCCGGUGCAGUGCCACGGGGAAAUGCAACAAAAGAAAUGAUCGAACAGAUGGGUUACCGUGAAGGUGAAAUGUUUUUCAAGUGCCCGAAAUGUUGCAGCAUUAAACCGGAACGCGCCCAUCACUGCUCAGUAUGUCAGCGUUGUAUUCGUAAAAUGGAUCAUCACUGUCCAUGGGUUAAUAAUUGCGUCGGUGAAAAUAAUCAGAAAUACUUUGUACUAUUUACGUUUUACAUUGCUGCUAUAUCCAUACAUUCUAUGUUCUUAGUUGUCACUGAAUUCGCGCAAUGUGUGCAUACGGAAUGGCGACAAUGUUCACCGUAUUCACCACCAGCAACGAUAUUUUUGUUACUCUUUUUAUCAUUCGAAGCGUUAUUGUUUGCAAUUUUUACUCUUAUUAUGUUGGCUACACAAUUAACUGCCAUAUUUAAUGACCAAACGGGUAUAGAACAAUUAAAAAAAGAAGAAGCACGUUGGGCAAAAAAAUCUCGCCUAAAGAGCAUACACUCUGUAUUUGGACGUUUUUCUCUGGCCUGGUUCUCACCGUUUACGAAGCCAUCAUGGCAAACGAAAUUCAAUUCGCAUUUCUAUUCCGUUUAGAUUGAGCUAGCUUAGCUUUUAAUACCCCUGUAAUAUGUGUACCCUUUUUAAAUGGUAAAUUAUAUAAUGAAUAUUUGUCGAUAACACUGGUCUACAUUGGUUUUGUCGCCUUAGAUAAAAUAUCGAUUUUAAAUAUAUUUGUGCCUACAGUUCAUGAAACUAUCAAUUUGUAA